GACAUUUUACGUACGUAUAUCUCCUUUCCGUCAAAUAAAGGUUGGGUAUUAUGUAUUAGUUCAACUAUAGGGAGCAGAAUGUCAACUGUUAUAUUUUGUUCUGCAGAAGUUAUAGAUGUUCUAUCUGUAUAAAUUUGAGACCGCUCGUGAGGAAAAUCAAAGUGAACAACAAAGUCUUAAGUGUCCAUCCUACCUGCUAAUCCUUCUACCACACUACGUAAGCUAGGCCUAGAUCAUGAUACACACUAGCUACAUAGUGACUCGAUAAGAAGUCUUUGACAAUUGCGUGCAUGCGACAUAAACACAUUGCGACUCAGCUAAUCCGCUGUAUUCGUUUUUGUAUUCAUUUAAAUGCCUGAUUGGAUUUGGCUUGUUAUGCAAAUGAAUUUAAUAUCGUCGAAAGGUGAAUUAAGGCUGUAGACCGUAAUGUGUUGCACACAGUACGAAACACACCUGAAAAUGGCGGCCAAACUUUUUUUUCGUCUCGUGUGCAUUGUACAACUACUAGCGGUAGCACAAUUUAGCCUUUUCGCCAGCGCUGAACACGAUCAUGACAAGGAACACAUCGACGCGUUUCAGCUUUCAAAUGGAUUUCUCAACGAAUUAGAAGUACAAACCAAAGAAUAUCCAGAAAAUAUCACAAUUUCAGGGAUAUCGUUGUUAGUAGAGAAUAUUUUGAAACGAACAAACUGUUCAGGGCAGACUGGACUGAAUGAGACAAUAUGUAAAGAGUGCUUUGAUCCUGAUCACCUAUUUGACAUUGUCGGAGCUAAGACAGUCGAGGGUUUGAAUGAAGAGCUGUACCAUAAGUUGUCCGUAGUCCUCUUGAAUACCAUUUCCUCUCAGUAUGAAACCUGUCUUACUCAAAACACCUAUGAACAGCAUUACGCUUCCUAUGUUGGCAAUGAUGACGAUUUUACUGAGGAGGAAUUCAAAUUGAUUCUAAGAGAGGUUGCAACUAUAUAUGACGCCGACAUUCAUUAUAAGUGUUUUACGGCAGAGGGUUCUUUCGAAGACAUUGUAGUAAACCACACUAAUGGAGCGAACAUAGCAGAAGUGCAAGAGCUAGCAGGCGCAGUUAUCUACAACCUUCUCCGAGGAUAUUGUAUAGGAGAGCCGACAGCCACUAAUCCCGAGUCAUUUAUUAACGAAAUAUUCGAAAUGUAUGUGGUUGAUGAUGACGUCAUUCAUGAGGAAGGUUUUGAAUCGAUGUUAGAAAGUCUUGGAAUUGGGGAGAAAAGAGAACAUGGUGACGAAAACACAAAUAACAUAGACGAUAAUCAUAAUCAUCGGAAGAAGAGAAACGUUGACGACCACGAUCACGAAGAAGGCGAUGACCACGAUCACGAAGAAGGCGAUGACCAUGAUGAUGACCAUGGAGAGAAACAAUGCUACAGUGGGGAAAGUUUAUUAGACAUAUUCGGCAUUGAUCACGAGUCCGGACUUCAUCAGGAGGAUCUCGAGCGAAUAUGUCCAGCUCUUUUGCAGCAGGUUCUUUCAAAAUCGUGUGAAGAGGAACAUCAAGAAGAAGAAACAGUACAAGAGGAAGAAGACAAGGCUAAAGUAUGGCUUGCUGGUUUAGGGUCUGUAAUCAUCAUUAGCCUGGCGUCUUUAGGCGGUGUGGUAAUUUUGCCAUGCAUCGGUAAGGAAUCUUAUUAUUACAUCAUCCAGUUACUCAUUGCGUUGGCGGUAGCUACUCUGGCUGGUGAUGCAAUUCUACAUCUGCUACCACAGGCAUUUGGUUUACACGCACAUGGGGCAUCAGAGGAUACGCAUGACGAUGAAGACCACGGGCCACUCAGCGAAGAGUUGGCAUUUGUUUGGAAAGGUUUCGCUGUAAUGGGUGCUAUCUAUGCAUUUUUUCUUCUCGAAAAAAUCAUGGGAAUGUUGAUGGUUACUCAUCGCCCUCUAGAAUCGAAUCACAACCACCAUCACGACUUCCCUAUGAAGGAAAACAAACAAUUGACGGCAUCCACCACUCACUUGAAGGAGGAUGGUAUUGAUGAUGAAGAUUCGACGACAAACGGUGGCUUUUUUAAAAGACUCUCAUCUAUGGCAAUUAUGAUACUACUCGGUGAUACUAUGCACAACUUUGGUGAUGGCCUAGCAAUUGGAGCUGCUUUCGCUUUGUCCAUGGGCACCGGUGUUGCGACAAGCAUCGCUGUUCUUUGCCACGAACUACCCCAUGAGUUCGGUGAUUUUGCUGUACUUUUGAAUUCCGGUUUGAAGUUCAAAGAAGCUUUGCUUCUCAACUUCUUAAGUUCCUUGACGGCGAUCGUGGGUGUCUGUAUCGGUAUUGAAGUUGGAGAGAACGAAGAGGCGCGCCAGUGGAUAUUCGCUGUUGUGGCUGGUAUGUUCUUGUACGUGGCCUUGGGUGACAUGAUGCCGGAGCUUAUGCACCCCAGCAAAGGUCACAAAUGGCUUGUAUUCCUUGUACAAAACAUUGGUUUUCUGGUCGGAACCGCCAUUAUUCUUAUCAUCGCUCUUUACGAGGACUCAAUUUCCAUCGAAAUUUAGCAGACUACCGUUGAAAUAAAUUGUCUGUCUUGAGCUUACAGCCUUGAUCAAUAACAUUUUUAAUUUGACUUGCUCCCUUUUUAUACUUUGUAGUAAUAGUGAACUGUAUAAUCAAUGGCGAAUCUGGGAAGAACUACCUCCUCUACUUCAAAACUCUGUUAAUGUUUCCUGUUUUAAGAAUAAUUUAAUUAAGCAUUUUAUUUCAUUUUAUGUUUCUGAUUAGUUCUGAUUGUUUUUGUGUAUUUCAUUUUAUACGAAGGAUAGGGAGCAAAUAUUGUUCGGGCUUUCGCCC